GAACGGCAUACCAUUCCGUGCGAGCUACGGCGACGCUCGCAUCGUACCGGAGUACCGGAGUACCGUACCGUAGCGUACCGCGCGACCGCAUUGCAUGUACCGUGCGCGUGUGAGCGUGUGACACGUCCCGGUGUGGCGUGUUGUUGUUCCCGUGUUCCUAAAACCGCCAAGAUUCGCGUGAAGAACCGCGAACCGGUGCCGGCGUAUGCCAUGGCCGACGCCGACCGUGAUUCGGACCUUGGAGACGACAGCCCCGUGGUUUGCUCUUGAGUGAGAUAACCUGGCGUCAGCGAGGUCGGAAGGCGAUUCAUCAGGCGAGCAGUCCUGCGAGAGCUCCGACGAGGGUGUGGGCAGAGACGCCGCUCCUCAUCAGCCUCUCCAGCCGAUCCUGCAGCCCCACCAGCCGCUGCACAUGUCCCACGGCCCCAUGAACCACCAGAUGAACAUGAACAAUAUGAACAACAUGAACAAUCAUCCCAUGAACCACUCGCACCAGAGGAAUUCGCCGAGGCCCCUUGAGAGGGAGCUGAAGGUCCGCGAUGACUUCGAGUCCCUCAAGACGUCGUUACAUCCUCACCUAUCCUCUCUCGCGUCACUGGCGCAAGGGGCUCCCCUGUCCACCCCCAGCAGCGUGUUCGCGCUCGCCAGCGGUGGUGCCAACUUCCCUUACGCUCCCCCAGCGUUCCUCGCCCCCGCGCCCCCGCCGCCCGCGCAGCCCGUAGGCUCCGCCUCGUCCUCGUCCUCCGAGGGAAGCGCGGCUGGAUGGAGCUUUGAGGAGCAGUACAAGCAGGUCCGUCAGUUAUACGAGAUCAGCGAUGACCCGCAAAGAAAAGAGUUCCUUGAUGAUCUGUUUUCCUUCAUGCAAAAGCGUGGCACACCAAUCAACCGGCUGCCGAUCAUGGCCAAGUCGGUGCUGGAUCUGUACGAGCUGUACAAUCUGGUGAUCGCGCGCGGCGGCCUCGUCGAGGUCAUCAACAAGAAGCUGUGGCAGGAGAUCAUCAAGGGCUUGCGGUUGCCUUCCUCCAUCACAUCGGCCGCCUUCACUUUGCGCACACAAUAUAUGAAAUACCUGUACGAUUACGAGUGCGAGAAGAAGAACCUGUCAACGCGCAAUGAGCUGGACGCCGCUAUCGAGGGCAACAAGCGCGAGGGGCGCCGCGCCUCUGGUCAAUACGACGCGCAGGCCGCAUUGGCUAUGCCACCUCUAAACAGAAUGCCGGCGUCUCUCGCGCAGUUGUCGCAGCACAUGCAGCCGCUGUCGCUGUCGCUGGGCGGCGGGGUGGGCCUGCCCCGUCUGCCGCCGCUGCCGCCGCACGCGCCGCACAUCACGCCGCACGACAUAGAGUACCGCGUGCGCGAGUACAUGAAGAUGAUCCAGCAGCAACGCGAAUUGAUCCGCAACGGUUCGGAGUCACCGCCGAGUGCCCCGAUGGUGUCUCCCCGGGACGCGGCGCUGUCAGCCAUCGACGUGUCGCGUCUCACGCUCUGGUCUCUGUACAACAACAACAACAACAGCCCUCAACCAGACCUCGAGCCGCAACGUGAGGCCUUAAACCUAAGUGAAAGUCCAAAUUCAAGCAUCAGCGGCGGCAAGCGGGAGGCCUGCCGCUCCCCACCCCCGCCGGCGAAGCGCCGCACCCCGCGCCCGCCCUCCCCCGCCGCCCCCUCCCCGCAGCUGCCGCGCGAGCCCUCACCGCGCACGCACGCGCAUCUCAACGGCAACUCUAAUGGCGUCAACGGCGCCGCCUUCAAAAUCACGACGAGAGGUGACGCAAACACAGGAGACCAACAACUCGUGGUGUCAAUUGAACUGAACGGCGUAACGUAUGAGGGAGUUCUGUUUCCGUCACAAAAUGGCAACGGUCAAAAUGGCCACCGGCAAAUGGUGUCUUAAACGCCAUCUGUUGAGUAUUAGGGUUAUGUUGUUGAAUAUAAUAUACGCUGUUCAUGUCCUGAAUUACUUUGUAAACCAGUGUUAUGUAAACUUUGUCUCAAUGUUAAAAAAAUGGGGGAAGCCUGAGUAUUUUCGCCUUGAAGGAUAUUUAAAAUUUUCAAUUUAUCCUGUGUUGUAAUAUGUAGUCUUACAAUUUAUCACUUUAGAUAAAUGUUAGAAAUAUCAUAUCAGUAAAAAUGUCAAGUGAACUAAAAAAAAACCCGUGAUUUUUUUAAAUUAUGGUAAUUAUUAUUAUGUUGAUAAUGAUUAUAUAUAUUUGUUACAUUUCUUGUAAACUAUUUUCAUAAUUUAAAUCGCUUUUAUUUUACUGUCAGUAAAAUAGCGAGAAAUAAUAAUUAAAAAUCAUUAUUAGUUUAAUUAUACACGUCAUUGACUUUUUUGACUUUGAUAUUUAAAAAAAAACAGACAAACUUGUAAAGAGACAAAUGGCUUGUAAGUAAAGAAUAAAAAAAAUUUGGGACAGAAAGUGUACGUUUAAUUAACUCAAUUUGGGUUACUUUUUUAUGUCGAUCAUCCAAUAAAGAAAUAAAAUCAUUUGGUUCAUCAAAAAAUACUGUGUUUUGUCACUGCCUAGAAAACGAGAGUAGCUUAGUAUGCACCGAAUACAAGAAAAAAUCAUUACAAAUACGUUUGUCCUUUAUUUCGUUUACACGGACAGCCUGCAAUGUCUAGAUGUAUGUAUUUUAGGUAGGCUGUAAAUUUGUCAGCCUAUGCUUCUAUCUAGUAAGUAUGGAAGCCAAUUAUAGAGUUUGAACUAUGAUGGCUUUGGAAGACGGCAGGUUUCAAGGGUCCAGACCCUAAAUUGUCUAAGUAAAUAAAUGUAUUCUUUUUCGAUAUAUCAUAAAGAAAUGUCCUCUAAAUUCUUAGCUUCAUGGCUGUGGCUAGAGCUCUAUAACGGUGUUUUUCGAAGGGUUGUCGCAAAGCUAAGAGACUGGGGGCAUGAUUUCUCGUAUUAUACCGAGGAAAACAUAAGAUACGCCUUGUACUUGGACGAUUGAAGGUUCCAAAAUUGUCAAACUAAAAACAAAACAUAUUUUUGCUUUCUUUUUUUCGGAAUAUCAUAAAGAAAUGCCAUCCAGUCGCCAAACACUUAGCUUCGUGGCAACUUUCGCUAGAUACCGUAAAAGCUUGAUCUAUAACAGUGUUUAUAGUUCAAGCUUUUAUGGUAUCUAGUGAAGGGUUGUCGCGAAGCUAUGCGACUCAUGGCCUUUCUCUUAAUAUGCCGAGGAAAACAUAAAAAUUUCGCUUUGUUUUCGGACAAUUGAAAGUCUGGAAAAACCACUACAAAAAAAUCUCGAUAACCACCACAAAAAAAUCUCGAUAAUUGGUUGGACCAAUUAUAGGCUGCCAAAUUUUCAGCCUUGAUAAAAUGUUGUGUAUCUGGCUAUGACAGGUUCUUAUUAUUUUUGUGAUUUUCUUGUAUUUGGCGUUGAUAACAGAAUUUGUUCUUUAGUGGAUGAUUUGUAUAUUUAUUAUUUUACAUGAUUAACGGUCAAAUGACAAUUUUUCUGUAAAUAUAGUUUCGAUAUUAACAUAAUUAUGUUACUUAUUUAUAAUUGUGUGGAGCGAGGAGUAAAGUGCGGCUUGUUUGGUGUUAUUUUAUAUGAUUUUUUUGAUGUAAAUUUUUGUAAAUAUCUCGUGUAAAUGGUUGUAUUGUUUUCUACGCCGCUUUGUAUGUUUGUGAUUAUUAUUACGUACCUAUGGAUGGUUUUAGGUGUAUAUUAGAUCAUCUAGGACUUUGUCAGUAUUGUAUUGUAGCUUAGGUAUUUAUAGUUCAAUGGAAUUUAAAAUAUUUUUAAGCCAUGUUUUUUAUUGCAUACCUAUCUGAAAAUAAGUAGCUAGUAUGGGUGCACUUUGUAAUGUUAAACCUUAAUAUGAUUAAAUUAGUUGUUUUUGGCUUGCAAAGAUGAAUCUGUUGUAUUUUAUUGGUUACUACACUUGGAUUAAAAAAAAACCAUAAUUUUCUUUACCGAUUUGUAUUAAAUACUUACUAAAAACUAAAAAAAAUAGAUUUAAAAAAGUCGAUCUUACUAUCUCGAAUGUAAUAUCUAUUAACUUUGUUAUUUUUUAAAUUGUGUGGGAAGCUUAAGCCGUUAAAAUAUAUUCAAAUUAAAGAAUUAAGUCUAACCAUCUUGUAUCAUAGCUUUCUCCAUAGUUUAAAUCUUGUAAUGGAAACCAAUUUAGUAUUAUCGAAUAGGGCUAAAAUUGUGUGCCUAGUGUGACUUUUCAAUAUUUUCAUACUGUUACUAUCACGUUGACGUAAACGCGAAUGUAUAUGGAAUUGAAACAGCGCCAUCUAGUGGCACUACUGCAGUUGUGCAGUAGUGCCACUAGAUGGCGCUGUUUCAAUUCCUUAGAAAUUCUGGUUUACGUUAACGCGAUGUUAACAGUAUCAAACUGCCACUAGGCCCUCUGUUUAAGACAUUGGAAUAUGACACGUAGCCAACUUGUGACGUUAUUUUGACAGUUUUCAAGUUUUAGCGAGAUAAACUGCCCUUGAAAAAUAACAUUAUAUGACGUCACAAAAUGAGGGUAAUUUUCGAUUUUAAUGUCAUAGACAAAGUAUGACCAUGUUUGUAAUAAUAUAAUGCACAUUAUUAGUAGACAUUGUGUGUCUAACAUUAUAAAGUUUUUAAUUGCCAUUUCCUUAGUUAAGAUUUAGCACUAGGUCUUAAUAAAAUAAUUUAAAGAUAACUUAAUAAAUGCCGUCUUAAAUAACAUUUAGGGGCGGAACAUUACAAACUUUUUUAAUUUUUUAUAAAUAGGAAUAAUGGAAAAAAAAAUAUUUAUGUUCUCAGAUUUAUAAUUAGGUACUAUGACCAUUUUGAUGUGGCGCAUCGUAUUGUAUAAGUGCAAUAAGCGAAAUCCAAAAUAAAUGAAAAAAAAAAAUAAUAAUCUCCAAUUUAUUCGAAUCGGACGUAGGUUUAGGAGUAGGUAAAUGUAAAAUUAUGAGAUGCUUUGUAAAUGACUGAUUUCAAUAAUUUACGAUUAAUUUAAUGGAUUUAAUAAUUGUAAUGGUUAAUUUGUACAAUUCGAUUUGUAGGAUCGCAAACGUUAGAGCUACAUAGCGGUAGUGGAUCUUGUUCGGAAAAGGGCGAAUUUUACGCGAACCAUUUCGCACUAAAUUCGCAAAUUGUUUCGCUUUAUAAGACCGGCUAGACGAAGAAUGACAUGCAUUUUAGUCAGCCAGUCUUAUUAGACUAUAUACAUGCGUUAAUUUUAUAAAUUCUUUGCUUGCUUGGAAGGAGCAUUGAUACAGUUUCGCGCGAAAUUCGCCCUACGUACAAGACCUUAGUACAUUCCUAAUAAUGUACAAUAAUAUUGUUAAGAAUAAAAAACUAUCCAGCCCGGCCUACUAUGUCAUAUAGUAAUCGGCCGGUGGAGUUAACGAUUUUCGUCUUACACCAAAAAUUUUUUGAUGUAUUCAAAAUAAUAUACAUGAAUAAAUAAUUAUUAUAAUGACAUAUCAAACAA